AUUUCUCUCAUCCCCUCGUGAAGCAAGCACCACCAACAGCCUCGCCAUCGAAAUCAACAUGAUGCACUAUUUAAUCCUCAUCUAUUGAACUUUAUUUAGAUGGAACAGUGCAGGAAGACAGUUCCCCGUUCUGGCUCAUGUCGAUGUUGCUGCCGACACAUGCACUUGCUACUACAUAGACUCAAUUGCUCCUGCCAAACUAUUGCAGUAUACCGUAAUACGAUUGGAUUAUUUACAUAAGCUUGUUAUGCGUAGAGUAUCAGAUUCAUAGACGUUCUGGGAUGUUAGCCACAGUUGCACCACUACCCUUGGUCCUUGGUCCUUUGACAAAUGCCGCUCCGUGAAGUCGAAUUUCCUUCCGAUCCUAAAGAUCUGGAAGACACAAAAGAACAAUUCUUGAUUUUCUACUCCUCGCGUGUGAACGGGCAGCUAUGGUGUCCUGAUUGUGUAGCAGUAGAUCGGACCAUCCAAGAUACCUUCGGUCCCGAAAAUGGGCCAUCUGCGGUGAUCGUCUACGUUGGCCAAAAGCCCGAAUGGAAAAUACCCUCCAAUGUGUUCAGAGGGGAGCCUUGGCAAGUCGCCUCAGUCCCCACGGUUAUUAAGGUUGAAGAUUCCAAGGUAGCCGGUCGACUCGACUCCGAUAUCAACACACUUCUUGCGGCUUUCAUCAAGGGAUAGAGUGGUUAGGCUUGCCACUUUCGAGUACCAACUAUUGGCCUUUUGGAUUCAAUGUUGUGUAAUAGAAACGACUGAAGGUCAAACUUUUGAAUAAACCCUCCUCCUUACUAAACUCCUACUCAUACGCAACAUCCACAAAAUCUCCCUGAUAUGCGACAUUCAAUCACAACUAGCAUUGACGACCCCCCGGCCCAGUGUAGCCCCGUGGAGGUUGCUUAUGUACCUCCAUGUGUCUUUGGAGUGCAUUUCUUUCUACCAUGCAAUAUCGCCGAGGUCAGAAUGAGUAUACUGAAUGAGAUCGAUCCUUGCGUUAUUAGCACAGAACCUCACCAUCAUGAU